GACAGUAUAGGGCCGCUAAAGCGCUUUACUUCUAUACCUGACGUCACUACGUGCUUGUAUCACGCUCGUGCACGACUCACCUGCGCGUGUGCCUGCCUUUCUUGUCUUCCAGAUUGUAAGUUGUGACUAUGUCCACCUCAGCCAGUUCCAAGUUGAACAAGGUCGUCAAACGGCAGUAUCUGGACCUCCCUCAAGGAGACAAGGUACAGGCCAUGUACAUCUGGAUUGAUGGCUCCGGAGAGGGUCUCCGCUGCAAGACCAGAACUCUGGACUCUGAACCCAAGACCAUCCAAGAUCUUCCUGAGUGGAACUUUGACGGAUCCAGCACGUACCAGUCUGAGGGCUCCAACAGUGACAUGUUUCUAGUCCCGGCCGCCAUGUUCAGAGACCCCUUCAGAAAGGACCCCAACAAGCUGGUCCUCUGUGAGGUGCUCAAGUACAACCGCCAGCCAGCAGAGACAAACCUGCGGAAGAGCUGCAAGCACAUCAUGAGCAAAGUGGAGAACGAACAGCCGUGGUUCGGAAUGGAGCAGGAGUAUACACUGCUGGGCACAGACGGACACCCGUUUGGAUGGCCCUGUAACGGCUUUCCAGGCCCACAAGGUCCGUACUACUGCGGCGUGGGUGCUGACAAGGCGUACGGACGAGACAUCGUGGAGGCUCACUAUCGAGCAUGUCUCUACGCGGGGGUCCAGAUAUGCGGCACUAAUGCAGAAGUCAUGCCCGCCCAGUGGGAGUUCCAGGUGGGGCCGUGCCAGGGCAUCCACAUGGGUGACCAUCUUUGGGUGGCUCGCUUCAUCCUGCACAGAGUCUGCGAGGACUUCGGCGUGGUUGUGUCCUUCGACCCCAAACCCAUCUCAGGCAACUGGAACGGUGCUGGCUGCCACACCAACUUCAGCACCAAGGAAAUGCGCCACGAUGGCGGGCUCAAAGUCAUCGAGGAGGCCAUUGAGCGGCUAGCCAAGCGACAUCACUAUCACAUCCGUGCGUAUGACCCCAAAGGCGGGCUGGACAACGCCCGACGCCUUACAGGCCAUCACGAGACCUCUAACAUUGGAGAAUUCUCGGCGGGAGUAGCGAACCGGGGCGCUAGCAUCCGCAUCCCACGCACUGUUGGCCAAGAGAAGAAGGGCUACUUUGAGGACCGCCGCCCUUCCGCCAACUGUGACCCUUACAUUGUGACAGAGGCACUGGUGCGCACGUGUUUGCUAAAGGAGGAGGGGGAGGAGCCUGUUGACUACAGCCAAUGAUGUGCCAUGUGAUCACAUGUCCUUUUGACACUUUUCUACCUUCUCACUUCCUGUCCUUUUUUCAUUUGUAGUUGUCUGUUCUUUAUUAAAGUUGAAUUUAUA